AUGGCUUCUUUACAGAUGAAUAAUCAUCUUGCUCUCCUUCUCUUGGGCUUGCUCAUUACCAAUGUAGUCGGAUAUGAUCAUCCAUCGAUCCCAAUAGCCUACGCCACUUCGACUCUCAACCGGAGCAGCUUUCCUCCAGGUUUCGUAUUCGGGGCAGCCUCCGCUUCGUACCAAGUCGAGGGUGCGGCUAAUGUAGAUGGAAAAGGACCUAGCAUUUGGGAUUAUUUCGCCCACGGGUACCCUGAGAAAAUAGCUGAUGGGAGUAACGGAGAUGUUGCUGUGGGACAAUACCACAAAUAUAAGGAAGAUGUGGGCAUAAUGAAGGGGAUGGGCUUUGACGCUUAUAGACUGUCGAUCUCGUGGCCCCGAAUAUUACCCAGCGGAAAACUCAGGGGAGGAAUCAACCCUAAAGGAAUACAACACUACAAUAACCUAAUCAAUGAGCUCCUUGCUAAUGGAAUUCAGCCCUAUGUUACUUUAUUUCACUGGGACCUCCCCCAAACUUUAGCGGAUGAGUACGGUGGCUUUUUAAGUGAUCGCGUCAUGGAUGAUUAUCGAGAUUUUGUGGACAUUUGCUUCAAAGAGUUUGGUGAUCGAGUGAAGCACUGGAUAACAAUAAAUGAGCCAUAUACCUACUGUGAUGGUGGCUAUGCCACAGGAAUAUUGGCCCCAGGCCGGUGUUCUGCUUGGCAGAAGAGCAACUGCACCGGUGGGGAGUCGGGGACGGAGCCGUAUAUAGUAGCACACAAUCUACUUCUUGCUCAUGCAGCUGCUGUUAAACUGUACAAACAAAAAUAUCAGGCAUCUCAAAAGGGAGUUAUCGGGAUCACACUGGUGACUAGUUGGUUUGAGCCUUAUUCGAAUUCGGUAAAAGACCGUAAUGCUGCAGAACGAGCCUUGGAUUUCCAGCUCGGCUGGUUCUUGGACCCGCUAACAUAUGGCGACUACCCACAUAGCAUGCAUUCUCUAGUUGGGAAUAGACUCCCAAAAUUCUCGAAAGAGCAGUCUGCUAUGUUGAAGGGGUCAUUUGAUUUCAUGGGAAUGAAUUACUACACUUCUAAUUAUGCACGAGAUGCACCUCAGCUGAGCAGUUCGCAUCCAAGCUACACAACGGAUUAUCGCGUCAAUCUCACAACUGAGCGCAAUGGAGUCUCGAUCGGUCCUCAGGCUGGUUCGAGUUGGCUCUUUGUCUAUCCGAAGGGAAUAUGGAAGCUUAUGUUGCACAUAAAGAAUAAAUAUGGCAAUCCAGUGAUUAUCAUCACCGAGAACGGAUUCUCCGAGGUCAACAACUCUACUCUACCACUCAAACAACAGUUAUAUGAUCCGAGGAGGAUAGACUAUCAUUAUAGUCAUCUCUCCUACCUUCUAAGAGCAAUCAAGGAAGGCACCAACAUCAAGGGCUACUUUGCGUGGUCAUUCCUGGACAGCUUCGAGUGGAACAGUGGUUACACGGUUCGGUUCGGCAUCAACUAUAUAGAUUACUUGAAUGGGCUUAAACGGUAUCCAAAGUACUCAGCAUCUUGGUUCAAGAGCUUUCUCAAAAAGAAGUAAUAUAUAUGCACAUUAGCAUGUGCUUUGCAUGGAAUAAUAUCAGUUAAGGGAAACCUCCAUGAGAUACACUAUUGUCCAAGUGUCUGAUGAAUAAAAUUAAGGAUAAUAUGCCCCGAUUUACAAGAAGCAAUUUCAAUGUGCAAUAUCGCUUCUCUUUC